AUGCUUCAACAGGUUGUGGCCAUGUGCCACUUUAUUCUCCUCAAGACAUGGUCUUUAGAGGACCAUAUCAGCUUUUAUUCAAAUGAGCCUACAACGGCUGGUUUGGUUUUGAAUGCAAAACCCUAUUUUAAUGAACCUGGAUUCGCACAUUCGAGAGGUUCUGCAAAUGGGGAGUAUCAAUCGAAGAUAUACAAUGAAACGACUUUGAUUUAUUCUUUCAAAACUAUGGUUUGCACCAUGAAGAAUCCACCCAAGGAAAUCGCCUCCACCACAGUCAACCUGUAUCAUCCCUCUUUGAAGCCUCUCAAAGGAAAACCUGAUCUGAAAUCACAUCCUCGUUGGCUUUCUUCUGGACCGUACAACUGCUUAGCGGCAACAACGACAUCGAUCACCCGAUAA